CAUUUUUGUUCAUCACAACCCGAGGCAUGGCCUCUAUGCACUCACUAGCAAUACUCCUGCUUGGAGUAGUGAUGCUCACUACUCCAGUGUUAGCUGAAUAUUACAAACCACCCACUUAUGAACCUCCCAUCGAGAAACCACCCAUCUAUGAGCCUCCACCAACCGAGGAACCACCACCAGUUUAUAAGCCUCCAAUAAUUCAUCCACCACCAAAUUAUAAACCUCCGGCCCACACACCACCAAUAUACCAUCCUCCACAUGAGAAGCCACCUCCGGUGUACGAGCCACCAUAUGAGAAACCACCACAUGAAGAGCCACCACGAGAAUAUCAACCACCUCGUGAGAAUCCAUCACCAGAAUAUGAGCCACCUCAUCAUGGAAAACCACCAUAUGAGAACCCACCGCCAGAAUACAAACCACCUUAUGAGAAACCACCACCAGAGUAUCAACCACCUCAUCAUGAAAAACCACCGCCUGAGUACCAGCCACCUCAUGAAAAGCCACCACCUGAGUAUACACCACCUUAUGAGAAGCCGCCGCCAGAAUACCAACCACCUCACGAAAAACCACCACAUGAAAGUUCACCACCAGAGUAUCAACCACCUCAUGAAAAACCACCGCAUGAACAUCCACCUCCAGAGUACCAACCACCUCACGAGAAACCACCACAUGAGCAUCCACCACCUGAGUAUCAACCACCUCAUGAGAAACCACCACAUGUGCAUCCACCACCAGAGUAUCAACCACCUCAUGAACAUCCACCGCCGGAGUACCAACCACCUCACGAAAAACCGCCACAUGUGCAUCCACCACCUGAGUACCAACCUCCUUAUCUAAAACCACCUCAUGAAAAAUCACCAUAUGAACCACCACCACAAGAGUACCAACCACCUCAUGAGAAACCACCACAAAUGAAGCCACCAUCAGAGUACCAACCACCUCAUGAAAAGCCACCACAUGAACAUCCACCACCAGAAUAUCAACCACCUCAUGUGCAUCCACCACCAGAGCACCAACCUCCGCAUGAGAACCCACCUCAUGAAAAUCCACCACCAGAGUAUCAACCACCUCAUGAAAAACCACCUCAUUAUGAACAUCCGCCUCCAGAGAACCAACCACCACAUGUGCAUCCACCACCAGAAUACAAACCACCUCAUGAAAAACCACCACAUGAACAUCCCCCUCCAGAGUACCAACCACCACAAGAAAAUCCACCUCCAGAGUACAAACCUCCACAUGAGAAACCACCUCAUGAAAAUACACCACCUACGCAUCACCCACCUCAUGAAAAACCACCACAAGAAAUCUCGUUGCCAGAGUACCAACCACCACCUCCAUCAACAAAGUAUCAACCUCCUCACGAAAAAUCACCACAUGAAAAUCCACCACCAGAGUUUGCGCCACCUCAUAAGAAAUUACCACCAAAUUAUAACCCACCGCGUCAUGAAAAGCCAAUGCCAAAGUAUCAACCUCCUCAUGAAAAACUACCACCAGUGUAUAAAUCGCCUUAUGUGAAAACACCUCCACCACAAGCAUAUCAUCCACCCCCACCAAUUUACCAUCAUCCACCCUUUCACCCACCUCCUCAUGUGAAACCACCUGUCUACGAGACACCUCUAGCUAAGGUACCACAAAUGAAGAAACCAACACGCUACAAUACUCGACCUUUUGGCCAUUAUCCACCAUAUAAGAAGACAAUAAUGACACCACUGAAGAAUGUGGCGUAUUAAAUUUGGCAAAGUAAAAAAGUAAGAGUCGUUGUUUGUUAAGUUUGUCAUAUGAUGUUUUUAUGUUCUUUAUUUUCUUUUUUCCUUUUCUGUUUUAAAAGCUCUUGUAAAGCACGAUGUGCCCUUUCUGCAAAUAAAGGCUUAUAUAUAUAUAUAUGCCUAUGUAUAAUACAAAUGCAACAAGUUUUAUAUAUUGGCUACAA